AUGGUAGCCGAAUCGUUACGACACAACACGCCUGAUUGGCACGUGAAACACGCCUGUCCCGCAUGUACAUAUAAACUGACGGAUGAACCCGAGUUGACAUUUAGCUUACUCUACGCUAUGGACGGUAACGACUCUUUAAAAAGAGUCCUUCGAAGAUCCUUGGAUACUGACGAGUCCCUCGGUACAUCUUCAGAACUUCCAACAGGGCAGCAACUGGCAAUUCGCGCAGGGACUCCACUACUGCAGGACGCACAUCUCGAGAACUUGUGCGAAGCACGCUGGAAGAACAUGGACGAUACGAAGACCAAGAAAGCAUGGGGCAUUUACGAUGAAACGGGCAUUUUUGUGGCCGUGUGCCGCCACGGAUUCUCUCUCCUUGUUGCAGAUAUGGUACAGAGCGGGGAGCUCGCAAAGUAUCCUCUAGCCAUUGUCUCAAAGUUGCUGGACGUAUUUGGAAGCAAUCUGGGCGGUGGAUAUGACAUUGGAUGUCAAUUCAAGACCACGCUUGGACAACAGUUCCCUCGGACCCCUCGCACGGACUCGAAGAUCUCGAGACUUGCUAACAGGACGUUUUCAAAAUCCAAUUCCUUAGCGUCGGCACUACGGUACGCAAGCGUCUUCCAUAGACAACAGGGCCAUCGACACCUACUCGAGCACAAUGAUGAUUUUGAAGUCUACGCUAAUCUUUAUCUCAAAGUUACGGACGUAGCAGUUUUCGAGGGCUGGCUGGCGGAAGAAAAGGUAUAUCUUCAAAGUCUGGACUGCGAGAAACCCGAGGUCGAAACUCUGCAGAUGGAAUAUUGGCAGAAGUUAGUUAAUCUUACUGCGAGCGAAAUACUCGCAACGCUGAGACUGCCCGAACGGCAUGCUUUGGAGGACCAUGAGAGAUAUUUGAAGCUCGUCCAGGCACUGGAGUGCAAGCUCGAGUGGCAGAGGGUUGGGAGGCUCGUGGCCAAUCGGAAAUACCAGCGUGCCCUGGACCGUCUCGAAGGAUUAAUUGUGGCACGCAUAUUUGAGCUAACGAGGAUGAACCGUGCGGGCACAGGCGUUACAAUGUGUUCCGUCGCCAUCAGAACUGCCCUCACCACAUACAACACUAUUGCUGGGUCAAUGCACCCUCCCCGCCGGACGCUUAAGUGGGAUGAGGUCGUAGAGUAUGCGUUCCUCGCAGACUUCGACUUACUACGUGAUACGUGCCGCGAUGGACCUCUACUUCAAAACGUGUCGUGCUGUGAAGAGAUCGAGCGUCUCGAUAUUGAGAGGUAUCUACGGGAAUGCGAGAAUCAGUUACAAGCCACCAGCCCAGCCCUUGCACAUCAAAUCGCCAUCCACCGAAACACUCGAGGUCGCUUCAACUCACGACAUCUCAAACGACUCUACGACAUUUCGAAGCUUCCAGGUUUCAGAGGGACGCUAACCCCUGGUGUCAGUGCGAACACAAGUCCCGGCGAGAGCGCGAGUAUAGCUAAUGCACAGAUCCCCACCCGCAUGAUUGUUCAACCCCCGCCUGUUCAUCACACCGCAUCGUCCUUAGCCGUAGACACCCAGGAUGACCUGGAUGCGAGGAGGAAGAGGACGAGGUAG